AUGACGGAGAAAGAAGUGAGCGUUUCUUCGCCACCUGAGCGAGCACCUGAUGUUAAUCAGGGUGUGGAGAAUGAUGAUAAGGAAGAGCGUGGAGGAUGGACAAUGCCUCAACAACAGAAAACACCGAGCAAAGCAGUGGGAUUUGAGGCUGCCAGCGCGAGUGGGGAGCAGCCACAAGAACUCAAGGCUCAAAUGAAACGACGAAUGUCGAAGAUGAAGAAGAUGGUCUCGGAAUUGGGACUUAAGCAGGAGAGUGUGGGUGGUCUUAUUGAUCUCUCUUUCUUGCCAGGAUUUGCAAGUGAUGAGGUUAAAGCGCUUAACAAAGAUGUAUUGAAAGCUGAGAAAGAACUUCGUGAUGUUGAGGAAUUAGUGGAAGAACAAGAGGAAAGAUCGUCUAUAAUGGAAGAGCAUAUGAAACGUGUAAGGCAAGAGAUCACAUUUACACAGCUCAGAGCCGAUGUCAAACGAAGAGAAGCUUUCACGGAAGAGAAUUUGAGAAAAAUAUCGGAAAUGGAAGCGAGAAGGCUAGAGAGAGAGAUUCGUAAGUUUGAGAAAGACACGGAUGAACUCAAUGAUCGCAUGAGGGGACUUAAGGCCGCUAUCAAUAGUGGUAACGAAAAAAUGGACGAAUUUCGACUUUUGAUGCAAUGGAAUCAGGAAGAGCUGGAUCAAUGGAUGCAAGCAGCUAGGCAGAAAGACGAGGAUAGUGUUGCACUACAGAGCUAUACGAAGAAUGAUAGUUCUAAACUCAAAGAGCUUUACCUUGAACUAGAAAAAGCCUCUGGAGGCCUUUAUAAUCUCCAGCAGCAGCUUGAUGAUGAAGUUACCGAAACUCAGAGUGCACAGAUUCAGCUGAACAGAACGGCAGAAGUUUUCAAAGAUUUACAAAAUGAGAGACAGAAGCUCGUUGUCAUGUGGGAGGAGACAAUAGAAGCUAUCCAUAUGCGUGACGAAGGCAUUCAUAAAGCUGCCGAAGAGUUUGCAGCAAACAAAGCUGUACUUCGCCACAAAAAAAGGCAGCUGGAUGGUCUGUCUACCAAUCUAGAUGGAGAAGUCGAGAAAAAUGACCUUGUAAAUAAGAGGAAGAAACUCGAAUUAGUAGAAAGGAAACUAGCAGAUUUAAGGAUAAAAGUCGAGGAUGAGUACAUGCUUCUUGACACACUGGACAAGAAGAGACAUGAGCUUGAAAAAAUCCUUGCAACUGAGGAAGUUAAUCUAAAGGUUGCAAGAAAAGAGGUGUCUGACUUACGCGAGAGACAUUUUAAGGAGUCUGAGAAACUAAACGACAUGAAAGCGAAAGAGAAAGAUAUUCUAUUUGAAAUCCAUGGGGCCAAAUCUCAAGCAAAAUCUCUGACUAAUCAGAUUCAUCAGUUAGAAUCGAGCAUGAUCAAGCAAGAAGAGGUGCUGUACUCGGCCGAGUUCCAGAUACAGUGCCUUGAGAGGAAAGUAGCCCGAGCCGGUGGUGAGACAAGUGAUGUGGAGGCUCGUGAGUUUAAUGCAAAAAUUCAGCAGCUUGAACAGGAAUUGCAGGAGAAACUAGCAGAGGAGGUGAUUGUUUUGCAGCAGCUCAAAAAAUCUCAAGACGAUCUUAGAGCGGCCGUACGCAAACGUGAAGAAUUAACAAGAAAACUGAAUCAAAUUGAGGAAAAGAAUGCUGAACUGUCAUUAGAGUCAGAAACAGGGCUUCAUACCCUCAAGAACCUUGUAAAGGAAAAGGAAGAAAAGAUGCUUUCGCGUGAUCUUCUGCAGAUGGAAGUUAAUCGCCUCCAGGGAAUGCUAAGCAAGAAUGCCGAUGCCGUUUUUGGAAUGGAGAGCACAAAAAGAAGACUUCAGAUGAGUAUGGAGGAAUGUCGACGGGAGAUUGAAAGGUCACCAAAUUAUUUUGUCAUUAAAGCUGCACAGGAGCGAGAAGAAAUUCAGCGAGAAGGCUAUAAACUUGAACAGGAGGUCAAACAGGUCCAAGCAGACGUUUCGUCUCUUGCAAGGGCUUUUGAAGAUGUAAAAGACGCCAACACACUCUACAGGAACAGUCAUAAGACUGCAAACACACUGAAGCUUGAGAAUGAAAAAGCACAUUUGAAGGUAGUCUUUGAGCAAGCCAAAGAGCGGCUUCAAAACAAGGAAUUUGAUCAAGCCGAACAGAGAAAUGCCACCACGGAGGAAAAAGAGAGUCAUGAGUUGGAGACCUUGAAGAUCCUCCAACAUCAAGUUGAGACAGCUGAAAAAGAUAACAAGGAGCACACCAAGAAACAACGGCGAGCAACUGUACGAUUUGAAAGGCUAGCAUCAAAACUGAAAGAAUCAUAUGGGGACUUAGAUGCUGAGCGCAUUGCAAAGGAAAUGCAACUGUCUGAAGCAAGAGAAACAAUAACAGAUGUUUUAUAUAAGCUGAAGGCUGUGAUUCAGGAAAACCCUGAUCUAGGCCGUAUUAUCCAAGAACGAGUUGCUGACGCUGGCUUUAAAAUGCCAUCAAACACUUCAAGUGUAAAGUCAAACGUUUCUGGAUCAACAAGGGGAAGCAUCAUUUCGAGCAGAGGCUCCAUAUUUUCAGCUGGAAUGCCUGGCUCAGCUAGAACCUCAAGAAGUGGUAGUGUUGUGACAAUGGAAUUUCUGGAGUGA